ACGAAGGAUACGAGUUGAAAAAGAAGUGGGGUUUUUUUUUAGUAUUCUGUAUUUGUGUUCAUGCUUACUUAGUCUGUUAUAAUCGGGAUAUCUAGGUCAAGUUUAACAGGGACCAUAGGAUAGAGCUUUGUCACGUAUUCAUGUAAGUAUAUGGCGAGGUGUUACAGGAUAUAUUCGCCUGGGUCUGCGGAUCGAUCUUCGCGGGUCGCGAUGGAGAAGACGCUCACUCUGAUGAUGACCGCGCUCGUAAUGAGCCAAACGUCCGUCAAUGCUGAUUUUCUCUCCACCACCACCACCACAACCACCACCACCACCUCCACCACCACGCCCGUACUCCACGUGGCUCUGGGCAAGUCCGUCUCGUUCCCCUGCCCCUCCCCGGAGUCGUCGGGGACGCGGCUGUCUUGGAGACGCUUCGUGGACCCGGGGGCAGUCCCCGCCGGGGCUGUCGCGAGCCCCGGUGACCCCGGUGACCCCGGCGACCUCUGUGACCUCUGUGACCCCGGUGACCCCGGUGACCCCGGGCUCCUGCUCAUACCCUCGGUGGGGCCGAGCGACGGGGGUCGCUACGAGUGCGUGGAGAGCCCCUCGGGAAGGGUCCUCUCAGCCGUGCGCAUCGUCACCGGAGAGCCUCCGGCAGCUCCGACUGAUCUCAGGUGCCGUGCCCGGGACCUGGUGAAGGAGUUCCGCUGUUCGUGGAAACUCGGGGACGGGAAGUUCCCCCUGGAGAACAUCACUGCCACCUACAGCCACGACUUCCUAGAACAAGGCCGUGAGUUCGAGUGCAAGGUGGCCGAGGGCCCCAGCUGCACGAUAGACCUGAUCGUGCUGUUCAGCUCCAGCCCCUACCGCGUCACGGUGCGCGCCCGCAACGCCUUCGGGGAGAGCAGCGCCGCCAUCGUCAGCUUCGAGUUCGAUGAAAUCGUGCAGCCCGAUCCGCCGCUGUCUGUGUGCGGCUACCACGACCCCACGGCUCCCUCUGACGUCAUCAUCACGUGGGAGUCUCCUGCCACGUGGAUCCAGCCCGACAUCUUCCUCCUGAACUAUCGACUGCGCUACCGAUCCAUGCACCAGCGCCACUUGAAAGAGGUCCAGGUUCCAUACGCCAGUAAAGAAUAUUUGAUUACGGACGCUCAUCCCAGGACCGAACACGUUGUGCAGGUGUCUGCCAGGUACGACGUGCAUGGGCAGUGGAGCGAGUGGAGCCAGGAGGUGCGCGUGGCCCCUUGGAUGAUGCAAACAACGAGCGACAGGCCCGGUGAGCACACGACUGUGGAUGUCUACGUGGAGUACUCGGAUUAUCCGACAGCCGCGGUUGAAGUGAUGGCGAAUUACGCAGUCUACUCGGUCGCGGGGUUGACUGGAGCCCUCGUCCUCGUCUGCCUCGUCGUGCUCGGUUCACGGCGAUUGAUGCCCAGAAAAGACGACUUUUUGGCGUCGGUCAACACGGAGAGCAGCCUGGGAAACAACUUCCACGACAGUUUCGACCGCUGCCAAAGACUUCGCGUGUAAGGCCCACUCGGCUGUGUUGCUCCUUGUCGGAAGCGAGCUGGCCGCGAGUGACAUCUCAACGAUGCGCCUUUGUCGUGUGGGAAUUUAUAGCAGUCGCCAAAUACUCUAAACGCGUGUUUCUGAACGCGGAGAGGACCCGGAAAAUAACCCACGCGGCCCCAUGCAUUUCACGAACUUAUUCACCAUCUCAUCAAUUGUUGGCAAACAUAUUAAGUCGUGUUUUAAUAUGUUAUCGACAAUUCAAGUUCAUGUAUUAGGUAUAUAGCCCUGUGAGCCAUUCGGCUCUUGAAUCGGGUGCAACCGCAACAAACAAAAAACAAAAACAUGAACAAGAAAACAUCUUAAAGUGACUAUGUGACUAUGUGCAAACAGAACAUCCAAGAAAAAGACGGCAAAAAUUGAGGAUAUACAUGGAAUAAAGUUGUCGAAAUAUUGGAGAACAGCAAACAUAGCAGUACAUGUCAUGCCACAUGCAUGUCCUUAGAGAUACAAAUGGAAACACGUUACCAAACACAGACAUGCCCCCAUAUCACCUGAACAGGCUGUUGGGGCAAGUGCUGUUCGCAAGAACCACCUAUGAAGGCCGGCACGGCACACGAAGGGGUGGGUGGCCAGCACCUCGCCCGACCGCCUUUGUUUUCCUCCUGGCGAUGUUUUUACACAUCGCACCAGGUACUCAUUUGAGGCUGAGUCGACCUAGGGGAGGCCCGGGACGGGUUCAGAUAAUCGCCGGUGGUGGUGGUGGUGGUGGCCGCCAACACACGCGAAAAUCCACACAGAUGUCGACAUUUAACGUCUCAUCAGCAGUAUUCAACCUUAAAUGAGUGUAACACUUAUAUGAAAAAUAUAUAAUAGACGACGUUUCGAGCAAUGUCCCUUCUCCGUAGCAUACAACAACAUAUUUCGAUUUAAAGCUUUCGUGACUGCAGGGAUUUAUCUUCUUGGUUCUUUUGGUAAAGUCACGUAGAAGGGAAAUAAUAAAAUAAUAAAAAUAAAACAUAAUAAAAUUUCGAUUUAAAGCUUUCGUGACUGCAGGGAUUCAUCUUCUUGGUUCUUUUGGUAAAGUCACGUAGAAGGGAUAUAAUAAAAUAAUAAUAAAUCCAGCUUAAAUAUACGCUUCCAAGCCUGGUGGUGUUCAUUCAGACACUGUCUUUCCGACAGACCUGUUCUUCACCUGAGGACAGCUGCUUGCGUUGUGGCCGAAACGUCGUGAGAAUUGCAUUUUAUAAUGUUUUAUUUUUAUUAUUUUAUUAUUUCCCUUCUACGUGACUUUACCGAAAGAACCAAGAAGAACAACAAAUUUGCUACGAAUUGUCGAUUUCUAACAUGUGCCAUGAGGAAGUGCCAUUGUUCCCAACGUCACCUAUCAUGUCAACGUAUGUCUAUCAAUUUUAAGGCCACGGCGUUGUUGACGAAUAUGUUGAGUUGUUUGUUGUUGUUGUUUGUGCACCACUGCCAACUCAGCAGCAUCACCAAAGGUUUUGCACUGAUACACACGUAUGCGCCACGCCCGCGUACACGUGCGUAUAGCUGCGACUGACAUUCGACCACGUGUCAUAUUUCUCAGAACUGCCGUCCUCCCAUAAACAGUACAACGCUCGCGGUGACCUAAAAAAAGCUUCGCGUCACCAUUUGCGCAAAGAUAAGAGACGAACUACAUCAGCCGAGUUCUCUUCUAGAACCCACGUCCAACAGAGAGGGACCCUUGCCUAGAAUCAUCUGGCAAGCAAAGUUUGACUUGCGCUCCUGAUGAGACGCUGCAUGUCGAAACCCUUCGUUGCCUAAGCACACCUGGAAAAUUGAGCAGCAUUGGUCCAAGCAUAGCCUGGAUCAUGCUGAUGAGACGCUGCAUGUCGAAAUCUUUUCCUUGCCUAAGCACAUCUGGGAAGUUGAGCAUCAUUGGUGCAAGCAUAGCCUGGAUCAUGCUGAUGAGACGCUGCAUGUCGAAACCUUUCCUUGCCUAAGCACACCUGGGAGAUUGAACUGCAUUGGUGCAAGCAGAGCCUGGAUCAUGCUGAAGAGACACUGCAUGUCGAAACCUGUCCUUGCCUAAGCACACCUGGUAAGUUGAGCAACAUUGGUCCAAGCAUAGCCUGAAUCCUGCUGAUGGGACGCUGCAUGUCGAAACUUUUCUUUGCCUAAGCACACCUGGGAAAUUGAGCAGCAUUAGUCCAAGCAGUGCCUGGAUCGUGCUGAUGAGAUGCUGCAUGUCGAAACCUUUCCUUGCCUAAACACACCUGGGAAGCUGAGCAGCAUUGGUGCCAGCAAAGCCUGGAUCCUGCUGAUGAGACACUGCAUGUCGAAACCUUUCCUUGCCUAAACACACCUGGGAAGCUGAGCAGCAUUGGUGCAAGCAGAGCCUUGAUCAUGCUGAUGAGACGCUGCAUGUCGAAAUCUUCCCUUGCCUCAGCACACCUGGGAAAUUGAGCAGCAUUGGUCCAAGCAUAGCCUGGAUCAUGCUGAUGAGACGCUGCAUGUCGAAACCUUCCCUUGCCUCAGCACACCUGGGAAGUUGAUCAGCAUUGGUGCAAGCAAAGCCUGGAUCCUGCUGAUGAGACGCUGCAUGUCGAAACGGCUGCGGACUUGUGCCUGCGCUGAACCAAUCGCCGCUGAAAGUGGAACCCCAGCCAGAAAGAAGGCGGUGAUUGUGACCGAUGUGAUGUGAAAAGGCAAAUAUGAAUAAAUCCUUCGA